AGGUCUCGUAAGGGUAGGUGACAUCAGCUGAUUAGACAUAAUAUGAGGAUUGAAUUUAGAGUUUCUUCCGAUCAUGUUUCACGAGUUUGAUAUAAUUAUUAUAUGAUGGUGUUUGUUUUAUCGAUGCUUCUUUCAUUUAUUUAACUGUGCAAGUUUAAAUAGAAGUGCAAGUCGAAAUAGAAUGUCUAACAAGUACUUAUAUAUUUCGUGUUACUUUUAUGAAUAAAUAAUUGCAUGUGCAUUAGAGUGUGUGACUAUGGGCUUUUCAGCACAAAAACCCACGGAGCCAAACUCAGAUCACGCAAUUGCGGGCGCUGUCAGUGGUUGCAUAACGAGAUUUCUGUGUCAACCUUUGGACGUCGUAAAAAUUAGAUUUCAAUUGCAAGUUGAACCAAUUUCAAGGUAUCACAUUAGUAAAUACAGAUCUGUAUUGCAAGCUUUCUUGCUAAUUAUAAGAGAAGAAGGAUCUACUGCCUUAUGGAAAGGUCACGUACCUGCACAAAUACUCUCGAUUAUCUAUGGGACGGCUCAGUUUUAUUCUUACAAUGUAUUUACGAAAAUGCUGCAACAAGUUCCACAAAUUAAUGAAUGGCAUCACACAAUGCAUUUUAUUGCUGGGGCUGGUGCUGGCAGCGUAGGAACAAUCAUCUCGUUUCCUUUUGACACAGUGAGAACUAGAUUAGUGGCUCAGUCAAGUAAUCAUCAGGUGUACAAAGGGGUGUUACAUUCUUGCAGUUCGAUUCUUCGACAAGAAUCACCAAAAGCCUUUUUUUCCGGUCUGCUACCAACUUUAUUGCAAAUUGCUCCACAUACUGGCCUGCAAUUUGCAUUCUAUGCGUUCUUCACUGAUUUCUAUAAAAAACACACCUUCGGUACUGAUACAAAUUUCUAUAAUUCUAUGUUAUCUGGUAGCACUGCUGGACUUCUAGCGAAAACAAUCGUAUAUCCAUUCGAUCUUGCUAGAAGAAGGCUGCAGAUACAAGGUUUCCAGCACGGUCGUAAAGGAUUCGGCAAAUUUUUCCAAUGUAACGGGUUAAUGGACUGCUUAAAAGUGACAAUAAAAGAGGAAGGUGUGCGAGGUUUAUUUAAAGGCUUAGUGCCAAGCCAAGUGAAAGCCACUGCAACUUCAGCUUUACAUUUUACUGCAUACGAACAAGUUCUGUUACUAUUAAAAAUAUUGCGAUGUUAGAAGCAUUAAAUGAAAAAAGAACAUA